AUGGCAGACAUGGCAGACACGCAGUCAGUCUCUUCGAUAUCAACGCGGAAUGAGCCACCGCAAACAUUCAAACUCCUUCUCAUCGGCAACUCCAGCGUCGGAAAGUCGUCUCUGCUUGUUCGAUUCACCGAUAACGAUUUUCUGGCGGAAGAGGAUGCUAAUGCGACGAUUGGCGUAGACUUCAAAGUAAAAUAUAUUCAAAUUAAAGAUAAGCGAUACAAAUUGUCUAUUUGGGAUACAGCAGGUCAAGAGCGAUUCAGAACUCUGACUUCUAGUUAUUACCGUGGUGCACAGGGUGUAAUACUGGUUUACGACUUCACUAAUCGUGAAUCUUUCGAUAAAUUACGCGUUUGGUUUCAGGAGCUCAACACUUACUCCACCAGUGACGCCAUCAAGAUUAUUGUUGGCAACAAGACAGAUUUAGAUCAUCAUCGCAAGGUUUCUACAGAUGAGGCGAAGAGUCUAGCGGAGAAUUACAACGCAAUGUUUGUCGAAUGCUCUGCCAAGCUCAGUACAGGUGUGAAUGAUCUGUUUCAUGAUUUGGUUCAGAAGAUAAUAGAUACACCUUCGCUACACAACCCAAUACCAAAACCUACGGGUGCUUUUUUCGACAGUCAGACUGGCAGUGUUAGGAUAAGCGAUUCAAAUACCUUUUCAAGAUAUUGCAGUUGUUGA